AUGGGAGAUCUGCUGUUCAUCGCCUCGGUUCCGGUGUUCGGAUGUCCAAGAGAACCUUUUGAUCCAGAUGUUGAGACGGAGUGGCCAAGGAGAAGGACCAAGACACGUUCGAAGCAGAAGAACAUCAAAAGGGACACUCGAUCCGAGGAGGUCAAGCAGCAAGUGGCUGCUAGGCCUAUCACUGCAGUGGCCACAACCAGCCCGGACCUCAUGGCGCCGGGGACGAGUUAUUCCGUGAGCGGAUGGACCGAGACGACUGGCCGUGUGGAUGCCGAGUGCAUCGCAGCCCGGAGAUCCGCUGUAGAGGCCUUCGCGCUAGACCACCUUUGCUUGCAAUGCCUCAUGCGUCUCUCUUUGACCACUCUGACCAGUCUGGCAAGCUCUCUCUGA